AUGGCUAUUGAAGGCCUUCAAAUCUGUGAUAUUACUCUUGCUAUUGUGUUGAUUGAGAAACUCCCCACAUCAUGGAAAGACUUUCAAGCUAACUCGACAGCUUCUGCAACUGUUCAAGGAAAAGGAAAGAUCAUUCUCACUCUUACUUCUGGAAAACUUAUUACUAUUACAAAUGUGUUGCAUGUUAAAGAAAUGUGUAGGAACUUGAUUUCUGGUAGCUUGCUCAUGAAGGCUGGACUGAAGCUUUCAUUUGAUUCCAAUAAGCUUGUUAUUACUCGCAAUAGAGAAUUUGCGGGAAAGGGUUUUUGUCAAAAGAUGAAGUUGAGGAGAUGUUCCUCAAAUACAAGGCAUAAGUGGAAAACCAACUUGAUAGAAAUAUCAAGAGAGUUAGGAGUGACAGGGGUGAUAUGGAGAGCAUGGUGCUUAACUGUGCAUUCAAUUAGCCAUGAUUGCGGGGCCAUUGCCCUAAAUUAUGAGACUGGUUUGUCAUUUUUGAAGGCGAGUACUAAUGGUAUGUUUAUUGCUUGUUUUGUUUCUUUAGCUCUGUUAGUGGGGUUGCCAAGAUAUGGAGUAUAUGUUGCAUUUUCUCCUGUAAGUGACAAUGUAGCAACUGCCUCAGCUGAUCGUACUGCAAAGUUGUGGAACACAUAUGGCACUUUAUUGAGAACAUUUGAAGGUCAUUUAGACCGCCUAGCUCGUAUUGCCUUCCAUCCAUCUGGGAAGUACUUGGGCACUACAAGUUUUGACAAAACUUGGCGUUUGUGGGAUAUCGAAAGUGGUGCUGAGUUGCUUCUUCAAGAAGGCCAUAGCAGGAGUGUUUAUGCCAUAUCUUUCCAUCCGAUUGGAUCAUUGUUAGCAUCAUGUGGACUGGAUUCUCUUACACGUGUCUGGGAUCUUCGAACAGGGAGAAGUAUUCUUGCUUUGGAAGGCCACAUCAAACCUGUUUAUGGAGUUGAUUUCUCUCCUAAUGGCUAUCAUUUGGCCACUGGUUCUGAGGAUAACACUUGUCGGAUUUGGGACUUGAGAAAGAAAAAGUCAUUGUACAUAAUUCCUGCCCAUUCAAAGCUUAUUUCACAGGUCAAAUUUGAGCCUCAGGAGGGAUAUUAUUUGGUCACUGCUUCAUAUGAUACAACUGUUAAGGUAUGGUCAUCUCGAGACUUCAAGCUUAUCAGGACAUUGUCAGGACAUGAAGCAAGAGUUACACCCUUAGAUGUCACAGGAGGUAAGAUCUUUUCUCUUGGUAAACUGUAGUAAAAGUGAUGCGUGCAAAAUGGGAACUUAUAGUAGCAUCUCAUUACAAGUUUAUAACUGUCAUCUUGGGAUGGAAUUAUGGUAAAGUUUAUGGAAGUUGCCACUCAAAAACUGAAUUUGUUUAAAUACGUUACAUUCAACAACAGAGAUAAAGUGAAUGCAAUUUGAUAU